ACACGUCAAAUGUAAACAACCGUCCGUCGGCUCGUGAAUUCGCGUACCCGUAUAUAUAUACAUGUAAUUCCACUCGUCCUGUGUCGCGAUAUGGGAAAACCGGCGGGCGACAGUGCGGCCAGUGACAGCUCGGACAACGAGCGAAAGGAAACAAUGGGAAACGAGCAGAAGUCACGGGCGAAGAGGAAGAAACGUAAAAGGAGCUUGGACGACCUGCAUCAAAGGCUGCACAAAUCAAGAACAGGCAAGGAUACGAAAACCGAUGGCAAAUUGGUCAAGGUGCGAAAUUCAAAAAGGAUAGCGAAUCGAAUUCUUCCGGGACCAUUGUCUGGAAUAUACAGAAAUGGCGCAGUGAGUAAAGAAAUACGAAGAUCACAAGUGGGACCGCCUUCGGACGAUAUAAAUAACGCUCGACUGGAGGGAAAUGUUAUGAAACUCCUCCAAGGCUACAAUCCGAAUUCGAAAGGAGUUGUAAUCGACAAUAACAACGAGGAGCAAUCGACGCACCCACUGCUCGAUUCCACCGCGAGGAAUAUUCUAUACCCAACUCCAGCUGACUUGAGUCCAGUGUUGGGUAAAGUGGAUGGAAAGAAACGACAUCCUACCAACGAAUGUCAGAGAAACGAUGGUCCUUUGCAAUAUCUCGGCGUUUCUCAACCGGUCCCAGAGAAGAAGAAGCCGAUCAACACCGAAUCUCCGCAAUAUUCCGCCGUGAAACGAUACGAGGAAUUCUGCGCCAUGAUUUCUAAAGAGAAUUUCGAAGGACCAAACUUUCCAAACAUGUUCACGAAAGAUCCCUUGGUAACCGUGAAGGAAAAGCUGAGAAGCAUCUACGCGGAGUCUUUCCGUAGCCAGUUUUUGAGGGACCUGAUAAAACGCGGGAAAAUUCUGAACGAACGCAGUACAACAAGUUCUUUCGUUAGGGAAAACCUCCCGGAAGCGAUUUUCUGUCCUUCCAGUUACGGACGGGACACAGAUCUCGCGACAGUGACUACUGAGUACUCGGACAGUCAGGUUCGUUGCAGAAAAGCCAAAGAAUCCAGCUCCCAGGGGACUAAAAAUCUGUUCUUGUUGCCCCAGUCGAAUUUCCAUUCGAAGGAAAAAAAGAAAGAUUUUCCCAGGUCGAGUCUGCUGUUCGACCAGUCCUUGUUGGACAGCCGCUCGGGGAUGGAGCGUGUGGAAUCGGAGCUUGAGAGUAAUGUACAGAACGUCGACUUGGAUACUGAUGAUUUCAGUGAUUCCAGUAAACAGGACAGGUCUUUGCUGGAAGUAGAUCCUCCUUUGUGUCACAAGAGGAACAUUAAAUACUUCGAGACCAUUCUACCUAGCCAGACGAAUAACGCUGACAGACCAAAGGGUGGAAACAGAUCGAUGCUUUUUGUGGCAUCUGAUGGACAAACACCGAAGGAUUUGGAUAACAAGAAACACCUGACGAAACGUAAGAACCAGCGUACACAGACUGUUCAUAUCUUGAACAGUGGGGUCAAGAGGCAUCCAGGGAAGUACAAGGUGAAAACCUCCCAACAGAUCAAAAUGAAGAAUCUGAAGCACAUACCUGCUAUACUUCGAAGAUGCCAUAACCACGUUGUCAGUAAUAACGACAUGGUCAAUUUAUUCGACGAAUCCAUGUUAGUUAAUAAACCAAAAGAAAUUUUAUUCGGUCCGUCGAAACGGAAGGUCCUGUUCACGCCGCAGUCCGUGGUGACGGAAAGUGAAAAUUUGGGGGAUACAGUGUUGGACACCGACCCAGGAGACCUGGAUGUGCACACCUGUGUAAUAGCGUCACCGAGCCUGCGCAACGAUGAGCUGCGCUUCGCGAGGAACUCGCAGAUGCAGACUGACCAGCAAGUACGGAUUAAUAUCGACAACAUUUUCUCGAAGAAAAACAAGAAAAAUGGUCCGGUACAGAAGACUGUAAUGUUCACCAAGAAAGUCACCCAUAAUACAAGUCACUCUCAGCAUCCGAACAGUCUGACAGCUGACAGACAGGUAGAGAACUCCGUUGUCUGUUCGAUGAGAAAGAAUAUCCCUCAGCAGCAAGAUAAGUGUCUAAAGAAUGUCUGUACAGCUCACAGAAACUGUCAGCGAGUAUCAGCCAAUUGUCAUCGAUCGUUCCAUUGCUCUCAGAAGUCUGACGAAUCGAGCUACGGUAGUCAAGAAUUUAAAGAAGUCAGUUUGUCUCAGGUGCAACCUGUGCAGGUGCAGCAGGAGUCGGUUGUGUGCGACAAAGUGUUGCUUAGAAAAGUCCAACAGCAUCCGAGCUGUGAAAAUGAUCAGCAUUGUCACGGCAAUAAUCAGAGAGUCUGUUUUGUGGUCGUGGACCAGUGCAAAGAUUUGAAUGGGAGUCAAGAUCGUAGCAAUGACAACGUGGCCCCACAGAUGAAGAAGAGGAUGCUGGAAAAUGGCGUCUUUUGUCAGGAGGAUGUGGCUGACAUUGGUAUACUGAAAGGUGUUCAGAAUCUACAGAUAUUACCUGUGGAGAAACGCGAACCCCGAAUAAAUUUUACCAGCAAUCGAUGUACUGGAAACACCGUGGUGGUAGAAGAGCAACCGAUUAAGUAUUUGGCCUUUGAAAACGACUCCAAAGCUCAAAAGAUCCCUAUAUACAUGCAGAACAAGAAGCAGCCCCAAUUCACUUCAGUCGACAACGUAGAUCUUGUCAGUUCGAGGGUAAAUUAUCGACUCGUCUCCUGCCCCGAAGAAUCUACCCAGCAAAUUCUACUGGUGCCUACUCGCGAGCAGAACAACGUGGUCUACGUGAAGGAGAACAGUUUGAACCACUCGAACGUCGCUUUCGAACGUAUGUCUCAUCCCAGAAAAAUGUUCUUCUAUCGAUCAGAGGAUCAGUCGAGUAUACAGCGCGUCAAAGAUUCUGGGAACGUGUGCGAGGUUCACGCCCCGAAACAGAAUCUGGUGGAAAUCCGAAGCACUGAUUACGAGACCAUCGCCAAUUUGCAACAGCUCGACAAUGGAAAGAGGUCGAGGAAAAGUUUCGUUAACUGUGAAGGCCUUCAUUAUCGACCGGGUCAGGAACAUACGAUUGUGAAUGAUGCUUGCGCUAGGAGUCAACCGGUCUAUUACCAAAAAUAA